GCAUGCGUGUUCGCGCUUGUCGGAGGGCUCAGAUUGUUGUGCGGAAGAUGGCUGAGCUCGGAGAGGCGGACGAAGCGGAACUGCAGCGCUUGGUGGCGGCGGAACAGCAAAAGGCACAGUUCACUGCACAGGUGCAUCACUUCAUGGAGCUCUGUUGGGAUAAAUGUGUGGAGAAGCCAGGGAAUCGUCUAGACUCUCGCACUGAAAAUUGUCUGUCUAGCUGCGUGGACCGCUUCAUCGACACUACUCUUGCCAUCACUGGUCGGUUUGCCCAGAUUGUACAGAAGGGAGGGCAGUAGGCUACCCCAAGAGAAUGACAGAAGCAGCGAAAAGACUUGUUAUUACACAGAUGGAAGAACCAGAGGGAAAAAGUCAUCAUCCCAUUGGCAGGUCAUCAUCAUCAGACUAUUGGUGCUUUUAAAAAGUAAAAGAUCAAAUGUUGAAAAACUGAAAUUUUAUUUAUUUGGAAUUCAGAGAUUCCAGGUUAUAUCACAUGAACUAUUCAAUAAAUAUGAAUUCUCCAA